CAGACCAAAAAAUAUUCUCAAGGAUGAUGAUUAAAAUUUUGUAAGUACAGGCUCUAGACAUCACAUAGGCAAUGGGCCAGAGAUUUGUACGUGCGUAAUUUUGAACAAUGACGGAUCUACCAUCAAAACGCACCAUGAAUUGACCCGAUACUUCUCCCCAUCAUGGGAAAAUGGCAAUAAAGGAAGAGACGGAUCGGACACUACUACUAAAUUGAGAAAAGCAGACUUCGACCCUGCAAAGUUUCCCUCCUACAAACCCUAGUUUCUCUGGUUUGUAAACUGAUCUGGAAGAAAAUGUCCCUAAAAUUUUGCCAAUCCCUAAAAUUUUCGCAAUCCCUAAAGUUAUCCGGGCAAACUGUUGUGGAUCAACAAUUUUGCUCUGAGACGGCCACCGAAUUGACGAUCUGGAACAAGUCCCUGCUCUUUUCUGGUGAGGGUUUCACAGUCUUGGAUUCCAAUGGAGAUCUCCUCUUCAGAGUGGACACCUAUGCUCUUGCUGCCAAUCACCUUAUUCUCAUGGACUCCCAGGGCAAAGUGCUUCUCACAUUGCGCCGCAAGCUUCCCAGCCUACACCACAGAUGGGAAGGCUUUCUUGGAGAUAAAUUGCAUGGUCAAGAACCUGUAUUUACUGUGAUGAAAUCGUCCAUAUUACCAACGAAAGAGUGCGUCCAAGUAUUUAUGAAUUGCGGCUUCUUUUGGAAACCCUGCUCGGAUUAUGAAGUCGAGGGUUCCUUCUCACAGCGCUACUGCACCAUUUUCACAAACGGUCCUCGCAUGGCUGCAGCAGAGGUGAAACGCAAGACCGGCUGUCCGGGAACGAUGAUAGGUAAAGAUGUUUUCAGUCUAAAUAUUGAACCAGGCUUUGAUCAGGCUUUCAUGGUGGGUUUGAUUAUUAUACUGGAACAGAUCUCCAUGGCCACCAUGAGCUUCGUCUUGUAAAAUGAUCACAGAAAAACUCCACCCGGUUGAGAUAACUGCAGACCGGUGCAACCCGUGAACUGAAUUUCACGUCUGUCCCAUUCACAUGAGAUAACAGGUGCAACCAGUCCAAUGAAUUUCGCGAAUCUUCCCCGGCCUCUUGUCAAGGCUGCCUGGUGCCCAACGCCAAAGGAACAAGGCAGUUUUUCUGUUUUCUUAACAAAUAUUUGUUUACCUAUAUUAAUUUCAAUCUCAUCUCUUUCUUUCA